CAAUUAUGAGCGGUCAGCCGCCAGCUCACAGCGCAUUUGCGUCCAUAUCGCCUCCUUACUUCAUGGGCGUCGCCGAAGUCGCCACAAGGAUCGAGAAGCUGCCGCUGCAACAAAAGUGCUUCCUGGCCUGGCUGGCCGUGGUCUUCUUGGUCUGUUUCUGCCUCCUUGUGGUGCAGCCGGAGCCGCAGACCCUCGUCGUGACCUCACCAGAGUCUUUGCGGCGGAAGAAGGCCCUUGAGGGAACGCCCUACUCGCCAGUGGAGUGCUGCCCAUCCAUCGCUGGGCUGGAGAACGUUUCCUCUGCACUGCAGCCGGAACAGAUGGUGGACUCGAACAAGUUCUACACGGUGACCAUCUUCACUAUCGGCGCUGACGUGGAGAUGCUGCGGACAAUGACGCGCCGAAUCGGGGCCUGCGACAAGAUCGACCGCAUCCUGAUCCUCUGGAACACAGCUGCCACGCCCCCGGAGCCAUCCUUCCUGGCUGCCGGCCAGUUCGCAGACCGCAUCGUGGUGGUUCAGGAGCUGCGGGACUCGCUGCAGAACAGGUUCUUGCUCGUGCCGGCACACGCGAGGACAGAGGGGAUUGUGUCCAUCGACGACGACAUGACCGGCAUCUCGUGUGAGGAGCUGGAUGGGCUGUUUGACAGGUGGAGAGACGCGCAGCAGUGUGCGGUUGUGGGGCCGACGGUGAGGACCAUUGAGGGGAGGGGGAGGGCCGCCAUGGGUGCUGGUGCCACCAACCCUUACCUGGUCAGUGUCGGCCCCCAGCCGUAUCGGCUGCUCGAGUACGUGCAGAGGGACUCCCGGCCGCCUCACCUGAUCCUCACCAAUGUGGCCAUUUACAGCAGGUGCAUGGCUGUCGUCUACAGCCACGUGCUGCCCCGAUUUCUGAUCGGCUAUGUGGACACUCUGAUGAACUGUGAGGACAUUCUCUUCAACUUCAUGCUGCACUCGUUCACGAGUGGGGUGCGGGUCAAGGCCAGCAGCCACCCUGACAGGCUGCACGCGCCGCGUGAGCAGCGGCACAACAGGCAGAGGCAGUCCAUCAGCCUGAAGGACAAGUAUGCACACCAGAAAAAAAGGGAUGCGUGUGUGAUGUACUUCACGCGGGUGCUCGGAGAUAUAAGGCAGGGCUAGCGUAUAGGCAUUAGUGAGCUGACGGACGGAUGUGUGUGUGCAUGUGUGUCGCUGUCAGCCGCAGCAGCAGCAGCAGGAGCAGCCAAUGCAGGAUGAGAUGAUGAGACAUGCACACCUACAUGCAACAUGCAACAUGCAACCAUGUCGUCUGUCC